AACGCACAAAACUCCGCCCCCCACUGAAGGGCGCCCGAGCAUCGUUCGGCGUAUUCAUACAUUCGCCGUUCUCCUCUCACUCGCCGUCAGACACCGCGCCGCACGCACGUACCGCGCUCCUAAUUAAAUUUUGAAAGUCACCAUUGUACUCGUAACAUCGUAAUAAAUAACUGUUCCUGAAAAGCUGGUUUUUAUGAAGAUUCCCUCCAAGCUUUGGACCUUCGAGCCAAGAUUACAACGCAGAAGACCGGCAACGACCUUUGGACUGAGGGAAAGUUAUUCAACGGCGGAACCGUUACUUCAAAAUCUGAAGAAGGCGCAGUCAUCACCACGUCACGUCAUCAUCGAGCAGCAAAAUCGGGGACAACAGAGCGGAGGCUCAUCCACGAAAGCUAUCACAAGCAGCAAAUCGAGGACAACAGAGCAGAGACUCAUCCACGAAGGCUGUGACGCACGCAGACGAGAAACCGAGUGCGAGAGAGAGUACGAGUACCGCGAGAAGUUUGAGGUUGAGUACUUCGCGAUCGUCGGCCGCGCUCGAGAGUGGAUUGCUGAAGAAGACCCCGCCAGGAUACAAACGUUGCCACGUUAUCGUCGCGCUCAGGCGCUCAUAACGCAUUUCUGGAAUCGUUACUACCUAGAAUACAUUUCAGACUUGCAGAAGAGAACAAAGUGGCAAUCAACCAAAGGUGGAGAGCUGCGCAUUGGAGACCUGGUGGUGGUGAAAGACGACCGCCUCCCACCUAACCGCUGGCUGCUGGGACGAGUUGCCUGCCUCCAUCCCGGCCGUGACAGCAUCGCCCGCGUCGUGGACGUCAACACAUCGGCAGGAGUAUUGCGAAGGGCAUACAACAGACUUUGCCCACUACCCUGAUCAUUUUAAACGCUUCAGCGUUUCAACCCGGGGAGCCUGUCAACGCACAAAACUCCGCCCCCCACUGAAGGGCGCCCGAGCAUCGUUCGGCGUAUUCAUACAUUCGCCGUUCUCCUCUCACUCGCCGUCAGACACCGCGCCGCACGCACGUACCGCGCUCCUAAUUAAAUUUUGAAAGUCACCAUUGUACUCGUAACAUCGUAAUAAAUAACUGUUCCUGAAAA